AUGAUUAUCUGGGACGAAGAGCCUAUGGCUAGCCAUUGGACAAUUGAAACAAUUGAUAGGAGCUUCAGAGAUAUACUUGAUAUUGACGCACCCUUUGGUGGGAAAGAAAUGGUUUUCGGAGGUGAUUUUUGUCAGUUAUUACCAGUAAUUCCAAAAUCUACAAGGACUGAAAUGGUAAAUGCAAGUUUGGUAAAGUCGUACUUGUGGCAUCAGAUGAAAAAGAUUAAGUUGACAAGAAAUAUGAGGGCGAAAACAGAUUCAUCAUUUAGUGAACUCUUACUACGCAUAGGUAACUGGGAGGAGCCUACAAUAAGAGAUGAUUUGGUACUACUUCCAAAACAAUUAGCUAUUGAAACUAAGAGUGAUGGUACUGGAACAAAUGCUUUAAUAGAGCAAAUAUUUUUGGAGUUGGAUAAAAAUGUUGAUUCUGCAAAAUACAUAACUGAACAGGAUGAUACCAACAACUACUAUCAGGAAGAUUACUUAAAUACUCUAACACCAAACGGUCUACCUCCACACAG